AUGACCGUCUACUCCUUCUACAUCUUCGACAGACAUACCGAAUGCAUAUACAGCAAACGCUGGGCCCAGCGUCCACUAUCCCAAUCCCUCAAAACAGCCCAACGACAAUCCGGUGCCUCCACCCUCAGCGCCGACCACAUCCCAGGCGUCAACACCAAAGCCCUAUCAAAUGAAGACGAUGCAAAACUAAUUUUCGGCUCCAUCUUUUCUCUGCGACGAAUGGUGAGGCAGUUGGGCGGUGAAGAUGACAGCUUCCUCUCCUACCGCACCGGAGAAUACAAACUCCAUUACUUCGAAACAGCAACGAAUCUAAAGUUUGUAAUGCUCACGGAUACACGUAUAGCGAGUAUGCGUACAGUACUCUAUCAAAUCUGGGCAAACCUCUACGUCGAAUACGUGGUCAAGAGCCCCAUAUCGCCUGUUGAACACACCGGUGGCGUGGGAGUUGCGAAUGAGUUGUUUGAAGGUGCUUUGGAGAGCUUCAUUAAUACCGUGUUUCCUCCUUCUUGA